GACAACAAGGAAGACGCCAAUAUGUCUGCGACAGGGACACAUCGGAGAGAGAAACGGGAAGAGAAGAACGAGAAUCUUCAGGUACACAAGAACAUUUCGGGAUAAAACCCUGAAUUAACUGAGGUUUAUUUUCUAGUUUAAUUCGAUGAAAAUUGGAUGAGUUUUCAAAAUCGUACUUUUUAAUCGUUUUUGUGUCAAACAGCAGCCUGUCCUGACUGAGCAACUGAUCUCAGAGCUUCUGGAAAAAACUGAAGACCAACUCCUGACGUAAGUGACAUCAUCCGUAAAAAGACGCAAAGAAGGACGUAAAACUAAAACAAAAAUCUUCAUUCCUGCUGUAAGAAAGGAAGGUUCCCUCGAGGAAACGUUUACAGUUUUUCUCAGUUGCUUUGGUGCAUUUCUCAGUUUAGAAUGAAAGUUCUCAUAACUAUUAGUUCACCCUCCACAACGUUGAGUCAUUUGUUACCAUCAUAACAGUUCUUCUGAACAAAUUCCAAAUGCUCUUGGACAUGUAUCAGUUACUUUCAUACAAUUCUCUGCUGUUAAUAAUAUUAUCAUUUGAUUAUGUCAUGUCAGUCAAAAUGAAACAUACUUAUGAAUGCUAAAAAGUCAUUCCCUGUAAAACUAAUCGUCCUCAUUUCAUUGCUUGAGUCAUUACAUACAAAAUUGUUGAUCUAGUUGUCAAAAAAAUUUCAUACAUCCCUUUAUCAUUUGUUUUUCCUGUAAAUGUCUCCUAAAUUGAACAAUUGCUCUCAGGUGAACCUCAGCUCAUGAGGAGGUGUGUGAAGUCAGAAUUUUUUUCUUUCUGGAAAGCGGAGCAGAUGGUCACAUCUUUUAGAUAAACUAUGCUCAUAAAAUAUCUUUAUGAGCAACAAUCUUCUUAGUUAAAUAAGCAGCAUGAGUGGCUGCCCAUAUAGUAACACAGUGCAUAAUGUAAGAAUCAAUUAAAUCUAUACAAAGGAUUCAGAUUUCUCUCUACUCAAAAAUACCAGCUGACUACCAGUUGAUUCUUCCAUCCUAAUUUUUCAUCCUCUGCUCUCAAGAACUUGAUGUAAUGGAUUUGAGGUACUGCCAUGUUAUCUGUGAAUAUUUUGGUUUUUCCUUUUUAAACAUUCAUAGUUUUGUGAAAUUUGACUCUUUUACAUUGAGAGAGAAAGUUUGUUUCUCUGCCAAACCAUUAAAAAAAUUGAUGGUAGCUCUUUAUUAGCUUCCUGAAUCAAUGUAGAAAAAUGUUCAUGUCAAGCAAUAAUACAGGUGUCAUCAGCAAAUAAUAAUAAUAAUAAUAAUCUACAGACAGUAUGGAUCAUAAAUGUGUACCAGCCAUUUAAAAGCAACACUAUGUAAACACAAAAGAUGUUGAAAUCUUUAAUCCAGGUUUAGACUGCUAACGUGGGCUACUAGUCAUCAGUAAUGUAGAUAUUAGAAUUAAAUCAAAGAAAGGGACCAAGUCUGAGCCUCUGUGGAAAAAGGAUUUAUCAGGAUUUUUUGCGCUAGACCCAGAGAAUCCAUGCGAACCUGUAUCUCACAGCACCUCCUCAUCAAGACAAAUGCAGUCUCAGAGAACUAUUCAGUGGCAUCACCUGGACAUCACCUCACCUGGACUCUGUGGGGCUGGACCGAGCAGAGACCAGCUGGGAAGAGAUCUAAGAGGGGGAGGGGGGCUACAAUCAGCCUCUCAAACAGAGGAAACAGGGCUGCUGCCUGCCAUCUGCUACCAGGCUGACAUCAAUGAAUCAGUGAGUCCAUGUGCAGCUGGGCUGAAAGUGCAUAGACUACACAUGACCUGUGGGGUCAUCCCCCGAACACAUGGACUAUUUAAGUGGGAGGAGAGAUAGUGUCUGUGCAGUACAGGAAAUGAUUUACUCUAACAGACUUUAGAAUAUCACGUUGCAUGGUGCAGUCUUUGCAAUAUUAACAAGAUAACAUUAAAGCUCAUGUAAGGAGUUUUCCACAUGUAUUGAAUGGACUGAAAUUCACAUUGGUGAUUUUUUAUGAUAUCCAAAAGCAAACAAAACUAUAGGCGAUAAGACAGAGGAUAUAAAUUAUCUGAUUAUUAAUGAAUGAAGCUGGUGUGAGGGGGUAAGUGUCAGCCGAGCAGCUAUGACAAAAACAAACAGCUUGUUUUUAUCAUUUUACACAAAAUACUUACAAUAAAAGAUGAUGCUCAAAAGUCAGCAGGAUAAGAUAUUUUUGUGUAAAACCUUUGAAGCAUGUAGCUGACUAGAUUAGUUAAACUGCUCUGUCCACAGGGGGGCGCCAAAAUGGACACAAAACAAAAAGUUCCCAACAGGAGCUUUAAAAAAGUGUUUAUGAUGUUCACACUGUUUGCAAUAGUAAAUAUUAUUUAUGUUGUCAGUGCAUCUCUUGAUUAUUAUGUUGUUGUUUUUUUUGUUGUUGUUUUUUUGUCUUUUUCAGAGAGUUACUCCAGACGUUUGGCCUCAUGGAUCAUGGUUUGUGUUUGAAAGAAUCGUCUCUGCUGGAUUUUUAUUUUUGCGGGUUUUCAUGGACAAAGAAGAUGAAGUUCAGCCUCAGACAAACAACCUUCAUCAUGAGUCUUUUUCACCUGAUGAUCACUAACCUGCGAGGUGGGCAGACUCUCAGUCAUUCAUUCAAAUAGUAAAAGAGUUAUUCUGUUUUAAGACAAAUAAACAUGUUUGAUUCUUUAAAGAGCUGUAAGGAGAUGAAGUGUUUCAAUCAAUCGGUCAAUCAUUAUUGAUAUCGUUGGUCAUAUUUCAGAUGGUUUUGUAUUUUAUGUUUCAGAUCAGCAGAUGGACUUAAAAGAAAACCUGAUGGAAUUUUCCGAGGCGUUAACCCGUCAAUUUUCGAGAUCAGAAAAAGAAACUUUAAUCUUAAACACAGAGGAAGUGUGCGCUCUGAACAAUUUCCUGGAAAACAGGUGGGAUAAAAACUAAAACUUCUUUAGCUUUUUUAAUGUUCAGGUAAAAAACGAACUUGAUUGUACAAAAAAUGGACUCAUCAUGAGAUUCUAACACAAAUUCAAGCCAACACUUCCAGCAUAUUGCACACAUUCAACAGAUCUAACACAGGAACAAUUAUCAGGAAUAAAAUAAAUCACAAAAAAGAAACAGAGACUGAUCUUAAAUACCAAAGACAAGAUGAACACAAAGGUAUUAUUACCACAACUUAACCUGAGCAGCAAGACUGAAUCAGAGGUGUACGAAUACAUUUAUGCGUAUAAAUGUGCAGAUGGGCGUCCUUUUUUUCAUUUACAUCAACACUGUAAUUGUUUGCUUUGUUUGAACAGACUCCUCCGUUUCAAGACAGUGAGAGAAGCAGCCCGAGGUUGGCGGCACAUCUUUAGGCGAUCUGACAGCAUGCAGACCGUCUGCUCUGUCAGCUGAUGAGCAGGCUUGUUGUGUCUGAUAGUUUACAGCUCUUUAAACAGAAAGAGAAACAAGCAAACAGAGCUCACCUUCAGGGGCUAAGUCAGUCAGUCAUGGGCAAGGAUAACUCUCCUGUACAAAACCUCCAAAUACACUGGGUCUCAUUCAAAAAUGAGUGCGAGGGAAGACAAUGAAACUUUAUUUUUAAUUCCACUUCAGCUAAAAUAACAUAAAUCUCUGCAUCUAAAAAGUUUUUUCUCUUUCUUUCUCUACACCUUGAAGUACUUAUCCAUACCUUCUUAUAUGGUGUUCCUCAGCUAUUUAUGGGUACUGUCUCUUAAGCUUAACCCUUUAAUGCCUAAAACCACAAAUUAUGGCCAGAAAAUUCAAACUUUUUUGGGAGAUGAAAUGUUUAUUUCACUUACUACUGAAAACCAAAAAUAUCAAAAUGUCCUUAAAAUUUAACAAAUAUAUUCAUUUAUCUUGUUUGAUACAUUAGAUGUUUUUGGAAACUGAUAAACCACAAGAGGACAUUUUUAUCAUUUAUCGGACUGUAUUAAGGUGUUUUUUUUUUAGUAAUUUGUUGAUCAUACUGAUUUGAUAUAAGUAUCAUAAAAGUCAAUCAAAAAUGAGAACCAUGUAUGAGUUUAAAGUGGACAAGGGUAACAUCUUGAAAUGUUUGUUUUCUUCAGUCUGUUUCAGAAAUAUAAAAUCUAUCAGCUCAUGUUCAGAACACAGAGAGAGGAGCUGCUGUCAGGAGCACAGGUAAAACUGUGUGAAGAGUGAGAGUGUGUGUGUGUUUGUGUACAUGUUUGAGUGUGUGGUAUAAGACCUACUGCGUUCUCACACAUAUGCACACACACAUAUGCAUGAGUGACUUCAGAGGCCCCACAGGAGUGUACGUAUGUAAUAUAAAUAGUGCACACAAUUUUUUCAGACUCUCUUCAGGCUCUGUUCUUUCUUUAUAUCACCUAUUUUCAUAUAUUUUGUAAACCAGUUGGUGGUGAUGUUUUGGGCUUGUGUGUCAAGAUAUCAGGGUUCAAAACUUUGCCCCAGAUGAAUUAUUAUGUGUUUCAUGAGGUUGGACAAUCAAAUGGUUCCUAAUGAGCAUCAGGCGGCCGAUCCUUCUCUUUGCUUUGGUGCUGCUUGAUUUUUAUUAUUGUCUGUGCUGAAGUGUUUCUUAUUAUUCAGUGAAGUGUAGGUUUGUUGUUUCUUUAAUUUUUUGAUAUAGCACCAAAUUUUCUCUAAAGGGAAAUUUCCGUAUUUUUGAAGUGAGGCUGUAUGGCUAACAUCUCUCUGGUAGGUGUGUUAGCCAUAAUGGAUGCUAGUCAGCUUGGUCCCUUAAAUGUGAAACGUUGAGAUUCCUCAACCUGAACAUUCAUCGUGGUUUACAUGUAUGCUCUACCCUGAAAAUUUCCAGCACUUAGCUUUCAGAAAACCCAUUUCUUUUCGCACUAUUUGCAGAUGCACGCUGAUGUGCUCUCUGCUUGUAACUCAUGCAGCUUCCCUUCACUGUUAUUGUUGGAUGUUGUAUCUGUCUGUUGUAGCGUGUUUUCAUUAAAUGUGAGUUCAUGAAUGCUGCUGCCUCAAGACUUUCUGAUGCACAGAUGUUUUUACAUUCAAAAAUAUUAUCCUGGUGUUUUUCAGAGGGAUGUCGAGAUCUUCAACUGUUCAUCACUCUUACCUUUGGAAGAGGGACUUUCUGCUGACAUGCGCCCCCAUGAUCUUGAGGAAUGUGAAACAGAUAAAUAAAGGUGUGAGGACGUAAAAGGAUCAGUCUGAACUGUCAUGUUUGUACAAGUAAGAGGCAGAGUCAGCUCAGCCCGAAGGAAAUAGUACCCUAGCUUAUGUAGCAGUCCUCCAAGCAGUUCCUCAUGUAAGAAGCAGAGCUGGCUGGCAUCUAUUGUGGCUGAUACACUUACUAGUGAUGUGUAACUUAUACAAUACCAAGUGAUAAAUACAGAAAUGUCCCUUUAAACUGGUUUCAGGGGGGACAUGAAACGUGGUUAAAAUAAGUGAUGAAAAAGUGAAAUAAGAGUUCAAAACAGUCUAUCUUUCGAUCUUCAUCUUUUCAGUGAACGAGGAUUUUAUAGAAACUUGGUCGAAGUGCAUUUUAUUUUUGUGUUCAAUAAAUGAAGACCUCUUUUUCUGUCCUGA